AUGAGCUCCAGAGGUCACAGCAUGCUCCCCCGGACUCUCACGGCCCCCCGGAUGAUUUCUGAGGGAGACCUGGGAGGCAUUGCGCAGAUUACCUCCUCACUCUUCCUGGGCAGAGGCAGCGUAGCCUCCAACCGGCACCUCCUCCAGGCUCGCGGCAUCACCUGCAUUGUGAACGCUACCAUCGAGAUGUCCAAUUUCAACUGGCCCCAGUUUGAAUAUGUUAAAGUGCCUCUGGCUGACAUGCCUCACGCCCCCAUUGGACUGUACUUUGACGCCGUGGCCGACAAGAUCCACAGCGUGAGCCGGAAACACGGGGCCACCCUGGUGCACUGUGCCGCGGGGGUCAGCCGCUCGGCCACGCUCUGCAUCGCAUACCUGAUGAAAUUCCACAGCGUGUGCCUGCUGGAGGCCUACAACUGGGUGAAAGCCCGGAGGCCCGUCAUCAGGCCCAACGUCGGCUUCUGGAGGCAGCUGAUAGACGACGAGCGCCAGCUUUUUGGGAAGUCGACAGUUAAAAUGGUAUAGACACUGUACGGCAUAGUGCCAGACGUUUACGAGAAGGAGUCCCGACACCUGAUGCCUUACUGGGGGAUCUGAGCCACCAGAGCCCGCAGCAGCAGCCCCUGGAGCAGUACCAGCAUCUGCUACACGCUGUCUGCUCCCCUCCUCACCUUUCUUUCCAAAUGGUGGACAAAUGCUCCUCCCUGAAGUGCUUUUUUUUUUUUUUUUUUUUUUACACUGGGUGCUCAUGUUUCAAAAUCUCUCAAAAUUCUACAUAAAACUGGCAAAGAAAAGAAAUCAU